AUGGAUUAUAGUCCUAGCCGUUGUUUGCUGAACCAUGGGUUUCGAAGCCUCCGCCUCCUCCUUCACAUCUCAUCGCCUCUGCUCUACGUCUUCACACCUCAUCGACUCUGCCCUACGUCUUCACAUCUCAUCGACUUUGCCCUACGUCUUCGCCCCAAGCUGAACCACAAAUUUGGGUGCCGUCAAAUCCUAGAGGAGCAGAAAGACUACCACCAGGAAUUCUUGCAGCUGAGUCAGACUUCUACUUUCGCAGAUUAUGGGGCAAGCCCAGUGAGGGAACCAUUUUUUGAUAUGGAGUUCUCUAUUAUCCUGAUACCAUUGCCGCAUCCGACCAAUGGUCUACAGGGAGGGCUAAUUUGGCUACUGAGAUGUGUUGAGGCCCAAAAAUCCAAGGGGCUAAGCCCAAAUUAA